AUGUUUCUUAAAUUAUUAAUUUCAUUAUCAAAUAAAAAGAAUUCUUCAUUAAAUUCAAUUUCAAAUGAAUUUAAUAAUAACUUAAAUUAUUCAAUUAAUAAUAUUUCAAAUAAAAAUUCAAUUACAUCCGUUUCAUAUUUUACAAGACCAAAUUUUGUAAAUUAUUAA